AUGAGUGGUAAACUGUGGACAGAGGAGCAGUUUAACUGCCCUGUGUGUCUGGAUCUCCCCAAUGAUCCAGUCACCAUCCCCUGCGGACACAGCUAUUGUAUGGCCUGCAUCAAGGACUACUGGACCAAGGACGAGGCCAAGGGUAUCUUCAGCUGCCCACAGUGCCGCCAGACCUUCUGCCCCAAGCCCCCCCUGUCCAGGAACACCAUGCUGGCUGAAGCUGUGGAGCAACUUCGAAAAGGGGCCCUCAAAUCUGAUGUACGCGAUUCUAUCCGUAGCACCCGAGGGGUCGUGUCCUCCUCAUCUAGAUCCAAAGGGAAGUUCUCCUCAGCAGAUGUGCCAUGUGACAUGUGUAAAGGAGAACAGCGAGCAGCAGUCAAGAGCUGUCUGGUGUGUAUGAGCUCAUACUGUGAAUCCCACCUGAAGCUCCAUCAGACACAGAAGGCCCUGAAGGAGCACGAGCUCAUUGCACCCACAGGCAAUCUGUCUGAGAAGAUCUGCACCCAGCACAAGUACCUGCAGGAGUUCUUCUGUCGCCAGUGUAAGGUGUUCGUCUGCUGGCUGUGCACCAGCAACCAGCACAAAGGCCACGAGUGUGUGUCCACCAAGGCUGAGCGCUUGGAGAAACAGAAAGUGCUGUCAGACAUGCAGGCAGCAAAUCAGCAGAGACUGAAAGACAGAGAGCAGGAGUUGAAAGACAUGAAGAAGAUGAUGGAGGGGGUGCAGCGCUCUUCAGACAGGGUGCACGACGAUAUAGAGCAGGUGUUGUCGGAGCUGCAGCACUCAUUGGAGCGUCUGCAGGAGCUGCUGGAAGAGACAUUGGAUCAGACCAGUCAGGAGAAGAUGGGCCAGGCCCAGGAAGUGGUUAAUAGCUUGGAGGCCGAGAUCAAGGAGCUGAAGAGGAGGGACGUGGAGAUGAAGGACCUGAUCCGCUGUGAGGACCACAUCCACUACCUGCAGACAUAUGAGUUCAUGUGCAGUCCUCUUGAGUCUGGGGACCUGCCCCCUCUAGUUGUCAAUCCAGACGCUUCCUUUGAGCCUGUAAAAAACACCAUCCUGGACCUGAGGGAGCGGGUGGAGGACCUUUGCAACCAGGAGCUGGGCAAGAUCACCAAACAAGUCAAUGACACAACACUGUUCACUUUGGGAGACUCCAACCGCCAGAAAGCAGGAAUUCUUAAAUUAUUUUCUGGUCUGGGGUCCCGCAGCACAAACAAUCGUUCAUCAGCUUCUUCACCUGGAACACGAGUACAGAACAAGAAUACAGAAAGACGAGGGCUUGUUAAAGGCCUCAAAAGUUUAGAUGUGAGGAGCAGAGACACACCACGAGACAAAGGAAUCCCAAGGUCACCCAGACCUCAGGACAAACAGAGGAGAGAGGAAAGAGAGACAGUGAGGGACCCCAACCCCAGAUCUAGCCCUAGACCCAGCCCGACUCCCAGUCGCAGGGAGUCCCAGUCUCUCUGGAGCAGGUCCAGUCAGAGUCGUGCUGCCCCUGCUGCAGCUCAGACACCAGUCACCCCUGCUCCAGCUCCAGCUCCAGCAUCAACUGGAGGUUUCAGUCGGAUGGCAUCAAUCAGCAGCAUCUUCCGCUCCCAUCGACGUGGCACAAACCAGGCCACCCCUGCUGCCCCAGAUAAUAACACACCAUCUGCAGGAGGAACCCAAUGGGGGAUGCCUGCUCUACCUGAAACACCAACAGAAGUUAACCCCAGUCUCUUCUUGGAUUCAAACAACUCUUUCAGUCACGCUGCUGCUUUCCCUGCAUUGAGAGAAAUCAACAUUGACAGCAUCCAGGCCCCAGAGCCGAGGACAAGAGAGGAAUUCUUGCAGUAUGCUGUGACCUUGACCCUUGACCCCAAUACAGCCCACCGACGGCUGGCUCUCUCCGAGGGCAACACCAAAGCCACCCUACAGGGGUCAGCGCAGCCCUACCCUGACACUCCCCAGCGUUUUGAUGGCUGGACCCAGGUGAUGUGCGACAGAUCGCUGGGCGCCCAGCGCUGCUACUGGGAAGUGGAGUGGAGAGGGAGGGGCUCCUCUAUGGGCGUAGCCUAUGGGGCAUUGAGCAGGAAAGGAUCAGAUGCCAGGUCGGGGCUCGGCUACAACGCCCAAUCCUGGACCCUGGAGCUGUCAGACACGUGCUGCUCAGCCAUGCAUGACAAUGAGAAAAGGGACAUACCAGUCACCUACUCCCCACGUAUGGGCAUCUACCUGGACCUGUCCACAGGAAUGCUGGCGUUCUACAGCGUUGCAGAGAGCAUGACACACCUACACACCUUCCGGGCUAACUUCACCCAGCCACUUUACCCCACCUUCGGGGUGGGGAGUGGUGUCGGGGUGGGCCUGGACUUUGCCCUUGGCCAGUUCAGUUCCAGUUCUGACAGUAUUAAGAUUUGUGACAUGUGAGACUACAGGCUGGAAGGUGCAGUGAUUGGUGGACUAUGGUGCUAUGAACAGCAGCUGGCUUCAGGUGUUCAUGCUGACCAAACUCACCUUAAACUGUCAGGACACAGUGACUAAACAUUUUUUAAGUUUAGUUGCACCUGACCUUUUUAUUUUCAUAUCUUAAAUGCAGUUUUAGUGAAGUUGCACAAAAAGAAAACAUUGCACUGUUUAGAGUCUUAAUUUUUAGAUGAGUUGCUGCAUGUUUGUUCAUCAAGCUAUGAGUAAUAAACCAGCCAGUGAGUAAGUGGCUUUAUUUCCAUUGCUUUAUUUUUUAUUUUUUCAAAAGAGGCAGGUCAAUAAUAGUUAGGAGUAGUACACAGAGGGUCAUGAUAUUAGAGGGGAGACAUGAAGAGGACAUUUUAUACUGUAGCUGACCCUUCUGCUUUACU